CAACAACACUCAAACCACACUGCCAGAGCUAAGCCAGUGCUGCACACGUCGAGCAAUAUGGCUACGAAAAACUCUGCUGUCUUCCUCCUCGGGCUUCUUCUCUCUUGCGUUGCCAUGAGCAGCGCCGCGAGAAUCCUAGAAGAGACCGUUCCUUCCAAGGAGGAGCACCAGCCUGAGGUGCCACCGCUUCCCAAGGCACCGUUCCCGGAAGUGCAUCUGCCACCUAAGCCUGAGCUUCCCAAGGUGGAGCUGCCGCCGCUCCCGGAGGUGCACUUGCCACCUAAGCCUGAGUUGCCCAAGGUGGAGCUGCCGCUGCUCCCGGAGGUGCACUUGCCACCUAAGCCUGAGUUGCCCAACGUGGAGCUGCCACCUAAGCCAGAGCUGCCCAAGGUGGAGCUGCCAACGUUCCCGGAGGUUCACCUGCCACCCAAGCCAGAGCUGCCCAAGGUGGAGCUGCCAACGUUCCCAGAGGUUCACCUACCACCCAAGCCGGAGAUGCCCAAGGUGGAGCUGCCGCCGAAGCCCGAGAUGCCCACUGUUCCCGGGUUCCACCUCUCGGAGCCAGAGGCCAAGCCAUGAGAACUGCCUUAUCAAUAUUGUUGCCUUGUUGUACCUCCUCUGCUCCUCGUACAUGUACCUAUUUGUCGUGUUGUGUCGAUGAUCUGAUUGUUUAGUUGUGGUUUUCAGCGAGUGUUGUGAGUGAUCUGCUUAUAUAUUGGUAUAUGAGAAAUAUAUAUUUUGUUCUCACAAUUACCCUUUUCU